UUUUUUUGUUUUGGUUUUUUUACACAAUAUAUUGUCCUUUAUCUCUUUUGAUUCGCUGUGCCCGGAAGAGCCGGAAGCUGAAGCAGAAGGCUGACCUAGCGCUCCGGGCGGGUACUGCACCGCGGGAUGGAGUGACGGAGGAGUCCGGAGGUUCAGGACGGCGUCACGGCGGCGGCGUAGAGAAACUCAGGCUUAGAACAACAUGGCGCACCGCUGCAGCGACACAACAUAAAGGCCCGUCCAGAACCCGGGCCUAACCCGGCCCCAGCCCCGCAGACCCGAGCCCCUCCCGCCCGGACCGGACUCCUCUCGCUGGUACUCGGAUGUGAAGCGGCCGGACCGGCGGAGAGCAGGAAGGUUUGACGUGGUUCCUCCAACAUGUCGGCAGUGUCAUACGACCAACUGCUAAGGCAGGUGGAGGUGCUGAAGAUGGAGAACUCCAACCUGAGGCAGGAGCUGCAGGACAACUCCAACCACCUGACCAAACUGGAGAGUGAGGCCUCCAACAUGAAGGAAGUGCUGAAACAGUUGCAGGGAACCAUAGAAGAAGAGUCUGACGCGUCGGGGUCCCAACUGGAGCUCAUAGAAAGACUGAAAGAGAUGAGCCUGGAGUCGGCCGGGUUCAAGUCCAGGACCAGGGUUCCUCUUCCACCUUCAUCGUCCUCAAGCUCAGCCUCCUCUUCCUCUGGAGCUCCUUCUGGAGCAGCCGGAGGCUCCGGAGCGCCGGGACCUUCCUCUGCCGCCUUUUCCAGGAGAGGGCUGCCGUCUGCAGGCAGAGACGGCCACGAGCGCUGCCUGGAAGAGCUGGAGAAGGAGAGGUCUCUACUAUUGGCUGAGCUGGAGAAGGAGGAGAAGGAGAAGGACUGGUACUACGCUCAACUACAGAACCUCACCAAGAGGAUCGACAGCCUGCCGCUCACCGAAAAUUUCACUCUACAGACGGACAUGAGCCGGCGACAGCUGGAGUUCGAGGCCCGGCAGAUCCGAUCAGCGAUGGAGGAGCAGCUGGGCUCCUGUCAGGAGAUGGAGAGGAGAGCCCAGGCUCGUGUGUCUCGUAUCCAGCAGAUAGAGAAGGACAUCCUGAGGCUUGGAUCACGACUCCAGGCUGAGGGAGCUCAGGGCGCGGGUGAGAGCAGCGGACUGGCUGGUGCUCAGAGCACCAGCAGCCGAUUGGACCAUGAACCAGCAAACGAGACAAACUACUCUGUGCCUCGUCGCAUCACAAGCCACCUGGGAACAAAGGUGGAGAUGGUGUACAGCCUGCUGUCCAUGCUGGGGACUCAUGACAAGGACGACAUGUCCCGCACGCUGCUAGCCAUGUCCAGCUCGCAGGACUCGUGCAUCGCCAUGCGUCAGUCUGGCUGCCUGCCGCUGCUCAUCCAGCUGCUGCACGGCAAUGACAAGGACUCCCUGUUGCUAGGUGACUCCCGCGGCAGUAAGGAGGCCCGUGCCAGAGCAUCGGCGGCGCUGCACAACAUUGUUCACAGUCAGCCAGAUGACAAGCGAGGACGGCGGGAGAUCCGGGUGCUGCACCUGCUGGAGCAGGUGCGCCACUACUGCGAGGCCUGCUGGAGCUGGCAGGAGAACCACGAGAGGGGUGUGGACCAGGAGGAGAACCCCAUGCCGUCACCGGUGGAUCAUCAAAUCUGCCCGGCCGUCUGUGUCCUCAUGAAGCUCUCCUUCGAUGAAGAACACCGACACGCCAUGAACGAGCUGGGAGGGCUGCAGGCUGUGGCGGAGCUUCUGCAGGUGGACUGUGAGAUGUUUGGUCUGAGCAGUGACCAUUACAGCGUCACUCUUCGGCGUUACGCCGGCAUGGCGCUCACCAACCUCACCUUUGGAGAUGUGGCCAAUAAGGCCACGCUGUGCUCCAUGAAGGGCUGCAUGAGAGCGAUGGUUGCUCAGUUGAAGUCUGAGAGUGAAGACCUGCAGCAGGUGAUAGCCAGUGUUUUGAGGAACCUGUCGUGGCGUGCUGACGUCAACAGUAAGAAGACACUGCGCGAGGUGGGCAGCGUGCGUGCACUGAUGGGCUGUGCUCUGGAGGUGCAAAAGGAAUCAACCCUGAAGUCCGUACUAAGCGCGCUCUGGAACCUGUCGGCCCACUGCACAGAGAAUAAGGCGGACAUCUGUGCCGUGGACGGCGCUCUGGCCUUUCUGGUUGGAACUCUGACCCAUCGCAGCCACACAAACACCCUCGCCAUCAUCGAGAGCGGCGGCGGAAUCCUCAGAAAUGUCUCCAGUCUCAUUGCCACCAACGAAGCGCACAGGCAGAUUCUGCGUGAGCACGGCUGCCUGCCAACUCUGCUGCAGCACCUGAAGUCUCACAGUCUGACCAUCGUGUCCAAUGCCUGCGGGACACUGUGGAACCUGUCGGCCCGAGAUGCCAAAGACCAGGAGGCUCUGUGGGAGCUGGGCGCCGUCGGGAUGCUGCGGAACCUCAUUCACUCCCGGCACAAGAUGAUCGCCAUGGGCAGCGCCGCCGCCCUGCGCAACCUGAUGGCCAACCGGCCAGCGCGCUAUAAAGAUGCAAGCGUGGUGUCGCCAGGGGCCGGUGCGCCGUCACUGCACGCUCGCAAACAGAAGGCGUUGUUUGAGGAGCUGGACGCCCAGCAGCUGUCAGAAACCUUUGACAAUAUCGACAACCUGAGCCCCAAGGCGGCACACAGGAAAGGGCGUGGCUGUAACGGUGCCGGAGCAGGUGGGCCCGCGACACGCUCAUACACCAACACACCAGUGCUGUCCAGCCCAAAGAACGGAGACGGAUCAAAGAAGAUAAGUGAGGAAGUGGCGUACCCUCGGUCGGUAUUCCCGCCCAGCGUCCGGGCCUCCAGCGACAGUCUCAACAGUGUGACGAGCGCGGACGGAUACGGCAACCGUGGCAAGACCAAGCCGUCUACAGAGUCCUUCUAUUCCUCGGACGAGACCGGAGCCAACAAGUGCUGCGUCUACAGGAAGUACCCGGCUGAUCUGGCCCAUAAGAUCCGGAGUGCCAACCACAUGGCGGAUGACGACGGGGCAGAGCUGGACACGCCCAUCAACUACAGCCUGAAAUACUCGGACGAACAGCUGAACUCGGGGAGACAGAGCCCGAGUCACCGCGCCGGCAUCGAGAGCGACGACGACAGCGAGCAGGGCGGACGGCUGCAGAGGAACGACGGCGCCGACUCUGGAGGGGGCGGCUGCCGUCUGGGGGCGGUCCCACCAGCGCGGUACGUAGUCGUCACGGCAGCAUCCAACUACAACAGUGACUUCACACCUGAGCAGCCCAUUGAUUACAGCUUGAAAUAUGGAUCAGAGUCCUCUCGCAAACUACUCUACACACCAGAAAAGGCACCGAUCCCCUCGCUGGCUCCGCCCACAUCGUCCUCGGCCAGCAAGCUCCGCCCUCUGCAGCCGCCCGCUAUACGCACAGUGACAAAAAGCAACCAGGAGUCAACACAGACUUACUGCGUGGAAGACACGCCCAUCUGCUUCUCCAGAGGCAGCUCGUUGUCCUCGCUGUCGUCGGAGGAGGACGAGGACGGAGACAUUGUGAGGAAGAGGAAGAGUGGGGAGCCAAGAGCCGGGAGCAACGACUACCCCACACUUCCCGUCAGCGAAAAAGACGACCAUGAGCAGCAGCAGCAGCGGCAGCAGAAAGAGGCAGAGAGCCAGACGGCCUCCGCUCCCUCCAGCCGGGGGCGCCGGAGUCAUCACCACCAUCACGGGCACUCGCACCACCAUCACCACCACCACCACAUGACGUCGUCAGGUGCACGGACUCCCAAAAGCCCUCCGGAGCAGACGUACGCCCAGGAAACUCCGCUGAUGUUCAGCCGCUGUACGUCAGUCAGCUCCCUCGACAGUUUCUCCACCUCCUCCAUAGCCAGCUCCGUGCGCUCCAGCGAGCCGUGCAGCGGCGUGCCCAGCGGCGUGGUCAGCCCCAGCGACCUCCCCGACAGCCCGGGUCAGACGAUGCCGCCGAGCCGCGCCAAGACGCCGCCGCUGCAACCGCAGGCCCAAAAGCCCAAGGAAGAGGAGACGGCCAAGAAGGAGGAAGAGGAGAGCAGCGUGGACGUCCUGCUGCACUUCGCCACCGAGAGCACGCCGCACGGCUUCUCCCGCGCCUCCAGUCUCAGCGCCCUCAGUCUGGACGAGCCGUACAUCGCCGCCGAGAUGAAGAAAAAGAUAGAGGAGCAGGACGGCGGGAGCAAAGAGAGGAAGGAGGAGUCGAUCAAACCCAUCCUGGACGACUCGGACGACGACGACAACGAGAUCCUGGUGGCGUGCAUCAACAUGGCCAUGCCCAAGUCGUCUCAGAAACCAAAGAAGCAGCAACAAGCUGCGCCGCGGAAGCCCAGCCAGCUUCCAGUCUACAAGCUCCUCCCGACCCAGAGCCGCCCGCAGCCGCCGCAGAGGAAGGACGUGCCUCCCCCGCCGGCAGAGGAGGUGCCGAGGGUUUACUGUGUGGAAGGAACCCCGCUCAACUUCUCCACCGCCACCUCGCUCAGCGACCUCACCAUCGACUCCCCACCUAAUGAGGAGGCACCGGCCGCCCUCGCACCUGUGACUCCACCCACCUCCGCCCCAAAGAGACGAGCAGGAUUUCCUGAGGGUGAGAAUGGAGACGACAUCUUAGCCGAGUGCAUCAACGCGGCCAUGCCCAAAGCCAAGCCAAGGAAACCAAUUAGACCGGCAAAUUCUGAUCAACUGCAGGCUCCGCCCCUUCUUCCUGCCGUUGCUCCUCCAGUCCCGCCCUCUCUCGGCCCGCAGCAGCAUAAGAAGAAGCCGACUUCACCGGUGAAACCGAUGCCUCAACGGGCGCCGUAUUGCGCUCCGACAACGGCAGCGGCAAAAGCAAAACCAGGGUUCGCCUUUGACUCGCCUCGUCACUACACUCCCAUCGAGGGCACUCCGUGUUGCUUCUCGCGCAAUGACUCUCUUAGCUCUCUUGACUUUGAUGAAGAUGAUGGUGGCGAGAAGGAGGGAGAGGAAAGGAAGAAUAAGGAGGACGAAAGCAGGAAGAGGAAGCAGCAGACUGCUGCAGUUUUCCCUCGAACCAAACCUGCGACCAACCAGACGGCCACGGACGAGAAACAGAAGUUCGCCAUCGAAGACACGCCCGUCUGCUUCUCCAGAAACCCGUCGCUGAGCUCGUUGAGUGACAUCGACCAGGAGAACAACAACAAAGAAUUUGCCCCAGCAGACCCCCAAGACGGAGGGAAAGCAGCAGCCAAGUCUCCGCCCCCUCCUGCAGAGGUGGAGUCAAAGCCCCGCCCACCUGCUGCCAUCGGCUACGCUCCCAAGGCCUUCCACGUGGAGGACACGCCCGUCUGCUUCUCCAGGAAUUCAUCCCUGAGUUCUCUCAGCAUCGACUCGGAGGACGACUUGCUGCAGGAGUGCAUCAGCUCUGCCAUGCCCAAGAAGAAGAAGAAGGCGGCCGCCCUGCCCGCCCCCGCUACCAUCUCCACACCGGCCCCCCUCUCCACAGCCGAAGAUGAUAUUUUGGCUGAAGAGGAGCCUUCAGAGGCCCAGAGGAGCCCCACGUCCCCGGACUCCGAGUCCUUUGACUGGAAGGCCAUCCAGGAAGGCGCCAACUCCAUCGUCAGCAGCCUGAACGCUGCUGCCGCCGCCCAGCCGCUGUCCCGCCAGCCGUCCUCAGACUCUGACUCGGUGCUGUCGCUGAAGUCCGUCGGCUCGCCCUUCCACCUGCCGACAGCCAACAACAACGAGGACGAGGACGCAGAGCAGAGGGAGGAGAUGAAGCGCGGCAGCGCCAAGAUCCUGAAGCCCGGGGAACGCAGCACGCUGGAGGCCAGGAAGAAGAAAGAGGAGGAAGAGGAGGAGGAGGCCAAGGCGUUGAGAGGGGGUAAAAAGGUGUACCGCAGUCUCAUCACCGGGAAGCCCAGGGCGGAGCCGGCAACCAGGGGACGCAGCAAGCCCAGAGCCACGGCCAUAGCCAAAGCUCCAGGAGGUAGCGACGGCGCAGAUAGGGGAGCUGGGUCCUCUCGAGACUCCACACCCUCCCGUCCCAUCGCAGCCGCCAGUCAAAAAGCAGCAAAGAUGUCCCAGCUGCCACGCACGGCGUCUCCGGCAGGUGCACCCUCGUCUUCUGCCGCCAGACCUGGCAAAACCAGCGGAGCGCCGAAGGGCGGCGGCGGCCUCCCGAGGAGCGAGUCGGCCUCCAGGGUCAGCGCCUCCACCACCACCAAGAAGUCCAAGGCGGAGCCCGACAAGCCGGGACUCGUCCGGCAGUCCACCUUCAUCAAAGAAGCUCCCAGUCCCACGCUGAAGAGGAAGCUCGAGGAAUCGUCUUCAACGGCGGCGCCGCCGGAGUCUCCGACCAGCCCCGACACGCCGCUGACGUCCUCAAACAGAAGACACGACGCCAACCGCUCCCAGUCCGAGAGCCCGUCACGCCCACAGGAAGUGACCUCUUCCUCUCGCCUGAGCCGCACCGGCACCUGGAAGCGUGAGAACAGCGGCAGCGCCGCGGGAGGGAGCGGUGGGAAACACUCCACCUCUCUGCCCCGCGUGGGCACGUGGAAGAGGACGGGGAGCUCUUCGUCAGUGCUGUCGGCGUCCUCAGAGUCCAGCGAGAAGGGGCGGAGCGAGGAAGAAGGUGCCGCCAGGUCCAAGGGAACAUGGCGGAAGGCGAAGGCCGGCAGCAGCGACUCCUCCGUCAGCCGGAGCACCGCGGAGAAACCGGAGGAUGUGUGGGUUCGUCUGGAAGACUGUCCCGUCAACAACCCGCGCUCCCCGUCGUCCUGCUCCAUGCGCUCGCCCACUACCACCAAUGCACCGCCCGUCAUUGACAGCCCAACCCCCUCCAAGAUCCCCUCCUCCACCUCCUCCUCGUCCUCCAACCUGAACCUGCGGCGCAGCUGCGAGAGCCUGGAGGACAAGCCUCCGGCGCAGCAGCAGACGCAGCAGCAGCAACAGCAGCAGCAGCAACAGCAGCAGCAGCAGCGCGGCCAGCAGCGCAGCGGCGCCGUGGCGGCUCGCGUCAGUCCCUUCAACUACACGCCCAGCCCCAGGAAGAGCAGCACAGACGUCAGCGCCGCCUCCACGCCGCCCACCACCACGACAGCCACCCCGACGCGGCCCUCGCUCAUCCCCACCCCCGUCACUAAGAAGCGGGAGCCGAAGGGCGAGGGCGGGAGUGGCGGCAGCGGGGAGCGUGGGUCGUAUAUCGUGACGUCAGUGUGAGACGGAACGGGAAGCCGUGCAUGACUACAACAAAGAUGGCGACAGGAAAGUGUAAAUAUGGGAAAAACCUGCAGGAAGUCUGUGUUUGUCAACUCAACUGUACAGGAAGUGGGUUUGUGUUUAAGUACUAGCUCCGCCCCUCAGCUCCUCCUACCUGUCACGCUUCUGUAUUCAUGAGAGAACUAUGAAAAACUUUUUAUGUUUUUAUACCACUAAAAUGAUCUCUAGCGCUUAGCUCCACCCCUGCCUGUCCUUGCAUGGCCCCGCCCCCUCGGAACACUCACCAUGGUGACCUGACGAUGAUGAUGAUGAUGAUGAUGAUGAUGAUGAUAUUUCUGCUAGCUGUAGAAUCCGAGGUGACCGAUCUUCUGGAAAGUUCUUUUUCUUAAACAGACUUCUGAACAAAACCAGAGUUCCUGUUCAUGUCACACUGAAGGUUCUGGAUGUUCUGAAGGUUCUGGACCUGUCAGGGCUCUUCUGGGUCACUGCCAGGCCAGAAUCGAUGCGUUCAGGGAAGCGGGUUUGUUCAGAACCUCUUCUGUUCAUCAGUAUGUUUGGAGCUUCGUCACCUUGGAAACAGAUAACACUGUAAACCUAAGUUAUUGCUGUAAACCUGCAUAAACUUUUAACUCUGAAGCACAUAAUUUAAAAUAAAGUGAAUUUUUUUUUU